UCAAUUCGUAAUUUUUUUGUGUGUCAGCAGAAACUGAUGCAAAACUUCUUUAUAUAUAAAGCUACAGGAUAGCAACCUGUAAUAUGUCCAACAUGAGUCAAUCACACAUUUUCAUUUUGAUGGUCGUCAUUCCUCUCAUUUUCUCACAGGUAAAAUGUAACUUUUCAGUAUCAUUUUAUUAUUUUUAUUUUACAUUAUUUCUAACAUCAUGUUUAAUGUCAGUGUUUAUUAAAUAUACUAUAUAUAUAUAUUGUCAUUUUUAUGGUGUAAUUUUGCUUGUAUGUUGGAUUUAUUUAUGCCCUGUUAUUUCAUCUCCACAGUCAGCGAGAACGAAGGACUGUGUAUGUGAGCUAGAAAAUUCUGAUCCUGCUUUCCCUGAGAAUAAACUAAAUAACGUUGAGUUCACUGCUAUUCAAUGCACUAGGAACGUCACUUCAGAAAAGAUGACAGAGGUUGACAGGCUGGUGUUGGGUCUACAACACCGUAUCCGGCAGCUUCUUGAAAAUGUAUCCAUGCUGGAAAAAGAAGACAAUGGAAAUCUGUAUGCAGCCGUGUCUCUACGCAUUAUUGAAUUAGAGUUUGCCGAGAUUGAAGACCUUCUAGACAAACUCAACAGAACCACUGACAGUUACCAGCAGCAAAGUUUACAGACUGCUGCAGAGUUUCAGGACAUGACAAAAACUAUGGCUGAGCUGGAGAAGUUUGAUCACUUGCAGGUGAUGGCGAAAGAGCGUGAGAACGAGAUCAUUAAGAAGGACCUGGAACAGUGCAAAGAAGAGCUCAACAGUACAUCACCAGCCCCAACACUUUCCCCAGGUUACUGUGGCUUGGGCCACAUGGUCAAUGUAUCAGGACCAAAAACGUAUUCCCUUACAGAGUACGGAACGUCCUACCCUUAUGGUGCUUGCGGUCGAGAUGCAAAUCCUGCUCUGGGAGACGAGAACAAGUACUGGCUGGUGGUGCUGACAAGUAGUAAUGCAUACAGCAACUUUAUCCGCCAGUACAAUAGUUUGAGUACUAUUAUAUUAGGUAUAGAUUCAAAAGAUGCAUACAUAUCAAGCUCCAAUCCCACAACAAACACAAUUCAGGGGCCAAACAUGGUCAUGUAUGGUAAUGUGCUCUACUAUAACUGUUACUAUACUUACUCCGUCUGUCAGUUCAACUUGACAACUGAAUCUGUCAGUACUGUGGCUUUACCUAGUGAUACAGGUUACAACAGCAAGUUUCCAUUCGCACACCUCGGCACAACAUACAGCUAUACUGAUUUGGAUUUUGCCACAGAUGAAUCAGGCGUUUAUGUCAUAUAUGCAACCACAAGCAACUUUGGAAAUGUGGUUAUCAGUAAAAUCGAGACUAGUAACCCGCCAGUUUUGGGCCAAACAUGGUUCACUUCUCUUCACAAAAUGACUGCCACAAACACCUUCAUGGUGUGCGGUGUGCUUUAUGCUACUCGUUACCUGGAUGAGGAAACGGAACAGAUCUUUUACUCUUAUGACACCAAAACAAACAAAGAGCGAUAUGAUUUUAAAUUUAAUAUCAAGAAGAGACAGACUAAUAUUCAGUUUCUUAACUAUGACCCCAGAGAUCAUUUACUGUAUGUCUACAGUGAUGCCUACAUUUUAACUUACGAGCUCGUCUUUCAGUAAGUCUCUAUUUAACUACAUCCGAUUUCACAUACUGUCUGCACUAAAUAGUAUGCAAUAUUAGAACUGCUGCAUUGCAAAUGAUUUUUAUGUUGAAAACAGUAUCAAAAAGGUACACAGACAGUAGAUAUUAGAUUUUCAAAGUGUGCAAGGUUUUUAAACAUACCAGGUAAUGAACCCAAAUGAAUUUAGGAUAAUGAAUUAAGCUAGAUUUAUGGUGACCAUAUGUGCCAUUUUUCCCGGACGCGUCCUGGGCAGGAUUUCUAUAUUGCCUAAAAUAUCUAGGUUUUGGCUUUGUUUGCGUGUGCAGACCGAUCGGUAUCAUCGGACAUCAAAGUACCAUACAGAUUGUUCCAUAUGCGUUCAAAACGCUCUCAGGGUACUUUGAUGUCAAACACUGAUCGGUCUGAGCCACGCUGCUUUUAAGUCGAACACACCUAAUAUGUAUACGUAAUUGCAUACCUAUGUAUACCUCUUUGACCGUAGAUCCCACCUUCUCACACACACCAUGAUUGGUUCAUUAUGUACAAUGCCUGCAUGUUAUUGGUCAAACUACUUUUCAAUCAUUACCUUCAGCAAGCAUGAAAACAGGAAAACAAAGCCAAAACAAAUCCUGGCAAGGACGUGUCCGGGAAAAAUGGCACAUAUGGUCACCCUAGUUUAAAUCUAUUAACUCAAAGUUAACUUUAAAGGUGGGGUAAGUGAUUUCUGGUAGCCAAUGUUGAUAUUUCAAAUCACCAAAACAAACAUGCCCCUACCCCAAAAGGGUCUCGCCCUAUUUUGAUAGCUCUGCCACACACAUACAUAUGCACCCCAGGUAACGAUUAGUUCUGUGAAACAGCAAAACCAAUGUUACUCACCUAUCGAGAAGAAACAAAGCAUCCUCGGCGUCCAAUCACAGGCCUUCCCACUCCUUGAGUUCUCUCCAGCGCUGGAAAGCUGAUCCGAUAUUUACACGGGUUCUACUUCUUGCCUUAUCGUAACACCGUGUCUACACUGGACGCGAGUGGCACGGUGUAACAAAAUACUAUAGAACUCAUUAUAAUACCUAUUACUAAAUAAUAGGUAUUACCUAUUACUAAAAUACCUUCCUAUUUAUGAGGUAUUGACACAAAUUUCAAAUGAUUUUCAACGGUCGAUUUGUCGCGUCCAGUGUAGACAGACUUUAACUGUUGCGGCGUUGUCGCGUCCAGUGUAGACACGGUGUAAGCCUUCUUUUGUUCCGCAGACAUUUUCCUCUUUUGUUUUUUAUCCGCCAUCUCUAUCUUUCUGUUGUCGCUCGGCUCGGCCAAUGUCCAUCAUGUGCACUGAGCGUUCUCUCCUCCGCAUCAUGAGUAGACACUCCCCUUACUGCUGAUUGACUACAAGUUUGUUUUGGUACUCGGCCCGACAUUUCUAAAGCGUUUUUGAAAAAAUACACACCCCACCUUUAAGAUUUUUAGACAUGGAAAAACAUGAUUUAAGACAUGCUUACAUGCUAACAUAAAAAAGGGGUCUGUGGUAUCAGAACAGUUAUAGUGUAUCAUGUCCAAUUGCUAGUUUCCUAUCUUUAAAUAUUUCCAAAUUUUGUAUUUACAAUAUUUACCAUCACCAGUUAAGUAUGUUCAUUUACUGUAAAUAAAUAUGAUUUUACAUGUUUCGAAUGCCAAGACUGGUUGCUUUGUGGAGGAAAAUCAUGUGUUUAUAUUAGUGCUGUCAAAUGAUUAAUCGUGA